AUCGGUCAGAUUUUAGAAGAUAUUUUUGUGACCAUUAGUAAUAAGAAUCAACCAGAAUUUCGACCGACUACAACAUCUACACAAAAAAUGAUGACGUAGUACGAUUGGCGUACCUGGGAAAUAAGGAAGCAGAAAGUAUGAAAGUUAACAUUUUGCUGGAGACUUUAAUCAACGUUUCUGAAAAAGGAGCAAAUAUAGCGAGAAUCAUACGUUCAGAAUCAUCAUUACUUGAACUUCUCGUUCAAGAGAAGAAGGGUGACCAAAAGAACAAUAGAUUUGUGAAAGAUUUUAAGACUCUGGCAGAUGUAUUGGUUCAAGAAGUGGUUCGGUAUGACCUUAAAAGCAAAUUUCCAGGUAUAGGAGAGAGUAUUUAUGGUGAGGAGAGCAACAGGUUCACCAAUACACUGGGAGACAAGGUCACUGUAGAGAUACAAGAUACACCUGAGAAAACGCGGACAUUACUCAGGCAGGUUUUAGAUGGUAAUGAGAAAGCAGCUCAUAUUUUAUCAGAGGUGAUACACCAUGAUGUCCAGAUGUCAGACAGGUGUCACAUAACUGACCUUGACUUUGACCUAGCAGUAGAGGAAAUAGGAGUAUGGAUUGAUCCAAUUGAUUCAACUGCCCAGUAUAUACAAGGUGAUGAGGGUACAGUAAUAGAUGGUUUAGUUAGCGAGGGAUUACAAUGUGUAGCUGUGCUGAUUGGAGUGUAUGACAAGACAACAGGACUGCCCCUCAUAGGUGUCACAAACCAGCCAUUUUAUCAGUUGGAAGGUUCAAGGUGGACUGGAAACAUCACUUGGGGAGUUUGUAUUGGCGAGACAAAAAUUAACUCAUUACAGGGAACAAAUGUAUCAAAGAAUAGUCCUGCAAAGACAGUUCUCAUUAGCUCUAGUGAAUCUGAGCAGGUGAAAGACACACUAAGUAAAGCCUUCACCCUCCGUCACAUCUCCGGGGCCGGCUACAAGCUUCUGGGUGUUUGUCAGAAUCUUGCAGAAGCUUACCUGCUCACUAAAAGUAGUAACUACAAAUGGGAUUGUUGUGGGCCUCAUGCAGUACUUAGGUCAAUGGGCGGUGGAAUCAUCAAAUACACAGACCUGUAUAGUCAUGUCAAAUCUGGUCUGAAUGAGUUCGAUGGACUUGAACAACUGAAGUACCAUAUACCAGAUGAUCCGGAUAAUUCCGGUGCACAGAGGUGGUGCAAUCAAUGGGGAAUAGUGGCCUAUAAAUCACCAGAAGUAUUGAAUAAAAUCGCAAAAGUUGUUAAAGAUAUAUGAUGUAAUUUUCCCACACAGACAAAGCACUUUUAAGAAAAGUAUAUUCAAAAAGAUUAUUCUUAUUUUCAGUUCAAUUUUUAUCUAGUUCAAAGAAAAAAUAUGCUUAUUUGUAAUACUGUAGCCAGGCAUUAUAAUAAUUUUACCAUGUUAAAAAAAACAGAUUAUCUUGUACUUUUAGGCCAUAUCUAACUAAAAAGUUGUUUAUUGGAUUUUUUUUUUUUUUU